AUGACCGAAAUGAGCGAGAAGGAGAACGAACCGGAUGACGCGGCCACCCGCACCCCCCCGGGGACCGUCUCUGCCCUCCAGGAAACCAAGCUCCAGCGGUUCAAGCGCUCACUUUCCCUCAAGACCAUCCUCCGAAGUAAGAGUGUGGAGAACUUCUUCCUUCGCUCAGGCUCUGAGCUCAAGUGCCCCACUGAGGUGCUGUUGACGCCCCCGACCCCGCUGCCCCCUCCCUCCCCACCACCGGCAUCUACAGACGGGAGCUUCCCUACCCCGGCCCCCUCCCCUUGCCCAAUCCCACGGCCCCUGGCACCACUCAAACCAGUAAGGCUGCACAGCUUCCAGGAACACGUCUUCAAGAGAGCCAGCCCUUGUGAGCUAUGCCACCAGAUCAUUGUGGGAAACUCCAAGCAGGGUUUGCGGUGUAAGACGUGCAAAGUCAGCGUCCACCUCUGGUGCUCCGAGGAGAUCUCCCACCAGCAAUGCCCAGGCAAGGUGUCCUCCUCCUUCCGUCGAAACUUCAGCUCCCCCCUCCUGGUGCAUGAACCACCCCCAGCCUGUGUCACAAGCAGAGAGUCCCCACCCACUGGGGCCAGCGGGAAGGUAGACCCCGUCUACGAGACGCUGCGCUAUGGCACCUCCUUGGCACUGAUGAACCGCUCCAGCUUCAGCAGUACCUCUGAGUCCCCCACGCGGAGCCUGAGUGAGCGGGAUGAGCUGACCGAGGAUGGGGAAGGCAGCAUCCGCAGCUCAGAGGAGGGCCCUGGCGACAGUGUGUUCACAGCCCCGGCCGAGAGCGAAGGGUCAGGACCAGAGGAGAAGAGCCCUGGACAGCAGCCCGCAAAACCCCCUCUGCGGAAGGAUGUGGGGCCCAUGUACUCCUAUGUCGCUCUCUACAAGUUUCUGCCCCAAGAGAACAAUGACCUGGCUUUGCAGCCUGGGGACCGGAUCCUGCUGGUGGAUGACUCUAACGAGGACUGGUGGAAGGGGAAGAUUGGCGACCGGGUUGGCUUCUUCCCAGCCAAUUUUGUGCAGCGCGUAAGGCCAGGAGAGAACGUCUGGCGCAGCUGCCAACCCUUCUCCGGGAACAAGGAACAGGGGUACAUGAGCCUCAAGGAGAACCAGAUCUGUGUGGGUGUGGGCAGGAGCAAGGAUGCUGACGGCUUCAUCCGCGUCAGCAGCGGCAAGAAGCGGGGCCUGGUGCCAGCCGACGCCCUGACCGAGAUCUGA